AUGUCGGCCGCCAAACGCUUCUCCCCCGCCGCUGCCCUCCUCCGCCGCUCCCGCCUCCUAUCUAUGCCCCCGCCUGUCCCCCCGCCGCCCUCCUACUUCCUCACUAACCCGGACGUCGCCCCACACCCCACCGUCCAAGCCAUCACCACCCCCACAUCCUCCCACGCCCGCGGCAACUGGGGCCUCAAGCGCGACCUCCCCACCAAGACCCGCUACCCAUUCCUCCGCUACACCGCCCUCGACACGCUCGAGCACUUCACGACCUACGAGUCUGCCUCCGACGACGUGCUCACGCUCAAGAAGUGGCAAGAAAUGGAUGUCCCCAUCCUCCGCGGGCCCACAGUAGAAACCUCGGCGCUAGCAAGCAUGUACACCAUUCGCCAUAGCGUCUUCGACUUUGCACCUGACGCCCCCCACAAGGAGUGCUACACAUGGCGCUUCAAGGGCCCCUACAUCCCCGAUAUGCCCGCCGGCGACUUUGCGCGUUACAUCGAAACCCAGGUUAAACCGCGCCGCGCCGAGUUCCGCGAGUUCGUCGCUCGCAACCAACGCCGCUUUGCUAGCCAGCCGGAGGCCGGCCUGCGCCCGACCCACCACACCUCGCCCACCACCGCCGCCGCCCAGCAGCCGGAGGUCUACCUGCACCAGACCCACACCCCGCCCACCACCGCUGCCGCCUCAGACGCCCCGGUGGAGGUGGACAUGCUGGCACUGCGCGCAGACAUGUUCCUGCUUGGUCGGCUGGUCGUGGCGUUCCUGGACCUGCCCACGCUGACGCGGCCGCACCGCACACACCCGUCGGGCGGGCUGCACUACACGCGGUCCACGGCGGCGAUGCGGAAUGAUCCCGAGACGGGGCCGCAGGGCGAGCCGAAGGCAGUCACGGGGAGGUACAUGAACUACUCUGGGGCGUACGGGACCAUGAUUGGUGUUGGAGGAUUUGUGGCCAAGAGCGUGGACGCGAUGCGGAUGGAGGAUCCGCUGAGGCUAUACAACAACCGGCAGCACACGAGAAAGUAUGUUCCGGACAGGGCGCGCCUGGAUGCGCUGGGACGCGUGCUGCUGGAUGUGGAUACGCUGAAUGAGGAGGGCGGGAGGGGCAUGUUUGGGCAGAGAGGAGGCGUGGGCGAUGCGGCGGCGAUAUUGAAGGGCUUUGGCGCGAGGAGGAGUUGGGGUUCGUUGUAUAAUGCGGAUAAGGAGAUUAACGGCCCUGCGGGGGGUACGGGCGGGCAGGAGGGGGGCAUGGGGAUGGGGAUGGGCAUGGGCAUGGGGAUGGGGAUGGGGAUGAGAGGAGGGCUGGGUGGCAGGAGGGAUGGGGGUCAUACGGAGGCUAUUAUGGAUCUGUUGGAUCCGAAUAAGAGGCGUUAG